UUUUUCGGAAAUAAGUUAAGAGCUAACUCGUUUUCAGUUGAAACAUUCGUGUUUCUCUUAGCGGUUUUUGCGCGUGAAAAUACGCUCGAUAAUACACAAGGAGAAUUUGUUUGCGGAUUUGCCGAUAAGAGCCUGAAAAUUAAAGCCCACAAUAGCAGGUGUUGCGGAGUUAUUUUCAUAUGUGCAGUUUAUAAAUUAUUCAAUAUGUUUGCAGGUUUCCAGACCUGCCGAAUUUUGAUUGGCUGGAAACUGCAUCAUCCGAACUCAGAACAAUGCGAGAUCUAUGUGUAGUCCCCAUGACAUAAAGUUGUUAAAAGAUUACGCGCUCAAUAAGUUGCUAUAAGAUGAAGGAAUACAAAGGCAGACCUUUCAGUUCUACAGAGUGCAGCUUGGCUAAAGAUCUGCGCUUCAGUGGCGGGGAAUUUCCUUGUUGAGGGAAAUCUAUUCGGUAUCGCUACAACUUUGACACAUACACUGACACCACAAAUUUAACUCACGAUGCCGAGAGCAUUCCUUCUAAAAAGGGAUUUUGAUGACGGUAAUUAUUUCGGCGAAGGAAGGCUUCCUUUCGCUCAGCAAGAGGACGCGAAAGCCGCAAGCGAAGAUUAUCAAGACGUCAGGCGAAGCAAGAGGCCGGUAAAGAUAAAGAAAAAAGAAGCAGAAAUCUCGUUUUUAAACUCGCUUCAAAAGAAAAAGAAAUUAUCUUACCCUGCCGAAGUCCGAAUUGAUGAGCAAGUGAAUGAUAUCGGAAAGAUUUUGAGGUUUGCAAAUGAUUUCAUUAAUAAUGGAAAGAAAAUGUCGGGGCAAAAUUCUCAAAAAAGCAGUCUUCGUGGAAUUUCUCUAAUCAACGAGCAUGGAAUAUUUCGAGAGAACGAAGCGCUGGUAGAAAAAACUGAAGCGCUUGCCAACAGCUUCAACGAGAACUCGGACUCAUGUUCGAUCGAAUCGAAACGGGUGUCACCUGCGCCAAAUAAAAAAAGUUCUCAGCUGAAUAAAGCAAAUGAACUAGGUGAUACAGGCGUUAAGAAUCGCCCAGACAAGACUGUCCACAAAUGCAACCAGUGCGGAAAAGUUUUUAAGACCAAAUACACCUUGUCGAUUCACCUCAAAAUGCCCGACCACACUCAAAGUCGACCGUUUGUAUGUAACGUGUGCGGGAAAGGGUUUCGCCUCUCGAGUACCCUGUGCCGGCACAAGAUAAUUCACACGGAGAAAAAGCCGCAUAAGUGCGACGAGUGUGGCAAAUGUUUCAACAGGUCCUCCACCCUUAAGACUCAUCUUCGAACCCACAGUGACAAGAAGGCGUUUAUUUGCGACAUCUGCGGCAAGGGAUUUCACCAGAAGGGCAAUUUACGAAAUCACAUCAUGAUUCACACUGGCGAGAAGCCUUUUAGAUGCAACCAGUGCAACAGGGCCUUCAACAAGAUGUCCAAUCUUAAAUUUCACAUGCAUACCCACUCGGAUAACUUGCCUUAUCACUGCAGGACCUGUAGGAAACGUUUUUCCAAAAAGACUGAUCUGAAAGACCACGUCGAAGAAACUCAUUGAGACUCGCUGGGACAGUUCUAAGAACCCGCGAACUUUGACUACUUUGAGAAAAUGAACUUUAUUGAAGCGCGAAUUUAAUUCGCGAAAUGAACUUAUCACUUAAUAUUAGAACUUCCUUCAGCAAAUUUUCAAUUAAAGCGAACUCUUUGUAUUAAAUCUUCACUCACACGUAAAAAGAAUGCACAAAAAUACUUUUAAACAUGUCUUGCACUGACGAAAAUUAAAUAUUUGCACCUAAAUUUAACACCAUAAUUAGCAAUUAUCGAAACUAAGAGAACGACAGAACAAAAAUUGAAUUUUUCAUAUAAACGUAAAUUACGAUAUAUUUAUUUAGUCAAGAAGGCAAGAAAAGCCUUAAGAUUCAAUUGCUCAAAUUGCGCAAUUGUGCAAUUGUGCUUUUUAUGAAACUUAUGCACAGUUUUUAUAGAGACGAAUGCGAGCAUUUCGCGAAGGAAUAAUUUCUGACUAAAUGAAAGAUGAAAAAUCUUAAAACAUGACAAUGUAGAUAAUUUUUUCAACGAUAUUUUCACAUUAAAUGUUCUUGAAAUUGCAGUGAUAACCAAUAUGGGAAAAUAUACCUGCACACUGAUGUUAAAUAAAUAAAUAAAA